AUGUCGCCCCACGGCGGCAGUGGCGGAAUCCAUGCUAUGAGUGGGAAGGGGUUCCCAGCGUUGGGUUUGAUUCCCCAACGAACGGAAGGACGCUACCUUGUCAUCCAGCGCACGGAUGAUGGCAAAACGUUGGAAAAAGUUUCACCGUUUCUGAUUGACAAGGUCAUCAGAAAUUGCUGUGGCGAGGUGACCAGCGUGAAACGGAUUAAAGAUGGCAAACUACUGGUUCAUACUAAAACGGACAAACAAGCCGACAAAUUACUAAAACUUAAAAGUAUGUCGAGUGAUAUAAACAUCACUGUCGUGGAACAUGAAAGCUUGAAUUCGUGCCGGAUAGUUAUAACAUGCCGGGACUUGCAAGACGAGAACGACGACGAGAUUCUGGAGAACCUUCGCGAGCAAGGGGUUACAUCAUUGUAUAGGAUUAUGCGAAAACAAGGUGAAAUUAAGGUCAAAACAGCAACUUUCGUGCUAACGAUCUCAAAAGCUACAAUGCCAGAGGACAUCAAGGUAGGGUUUCAGAAGGUAGCUACGCGACCGUACUAUCCACGACCGAUGCGAUGCUUUCAAUGCUUGCAGUAUGGCCACUUGGGGAAAGAUUGCAAGCAAGAAAAAGUGUGUGUGAACUGCAGUGAAAAAUAUCAUGGAGAUAAGUGUGAUAGACCAGCUCGAUGCGCGAACUGCGAACAAGCCCAUGCCACUACGAGCCUCGAGUGCCCGACAUGGCAACGUGAAAACGAUAUCGUGAGAACAAAAAUAGACAACGGGAUUUCGUACUACGAGGCGAAGAAAAUCGUGGACAGUAGAAAACAACCAGAACGACGUUUCGCAAAUGUAGUAGCUUCUGGAAUCGGCGGAUGCAAGUGCAAAUGCAGUUGUGGUAUAGCGCAGACACAACCAGCCACACCCGUCGAAUUGAAACAAAACAUCGAACAGACACAAUCCCGCAACGUAGAGUCAACCCAAAUUACAACACCGAACCUCAAGCCGCAACCUACAGUAACAACAUCAAAACCGAAUCGUGACGAGAAAACGCCAAAGGAAACCAGCGAUUGCAACAAAGCAAAACCAGGAUCAUCAAAACAGUAUGGCACUCGACAUCAAACAAGUGGAAAAGAAGAGCAAAUCGACCCAUCAUCACCCUCCCCAAAACCAAAACGGUUGAAGAAAGAAUUCGUAUAUCAAAUCAGCAGCGACGACAAACUUGAACAAAGCCAGCAGAAACGUGGAAGAGGAAGACCCAAAAAACUCCCACCAAAGGAGAUCUGCACGGAAAGUUCAGAACCUGAGUAUAGCGAAAUGGAGAUCUGA